UCUUUAUUUUUUUAAUCAGAGAUUCGAACCCUCAACCCACUGACGGUGGAAGGACCUGAAAUUCCCUCUGACCCCCCGUGAACAUCUCUGGGAGGCGUCCGUGACUCACUGCGCGUCAAUCACGCGCCAGCUCCGCCUCGCGCGCAGACACACCCAUCGGUCCAUAUUCGGUACCAGGUGCACGCGCGAAAAAGCUGCUGCGCUGUCCACGCGCCGUGCGUGAAAGGUGAAGGCGGGGUGAAGCCGAUAGCAAACAUUUAACUAAAGCGCGCGCGCGCCCUGCUGCUGCAUGUGUGGUCCGGCCGCGCGCGUGUCUACCUAGUGGGCGUGUCCGGUCCUCCUCGUCUGCGCACGCGGGAGCAUCUGCACGAGCCGAGCUGACUGAGAACAUUUUUUUUUUCCUGGUGCUGAAGGUCCACGCGGCGACUCCCGUGAAAGCGCGCGCGAUUCCUACCCCCUCCUCCUCGCGGGGUCACAGCUGUGCGGCACUGGAUGGAUGUGACGAGCACGUGCGCGGGUGAAGAGUCGGGCGGCGCACGCGGAGGGAAAUAAAAAGGCUUUUUUUUUUUUAAUCAAUUUUUUUCCACCGGAACUGACCCCCCCUCCUCCCCCUCCACGCGACAUGUCAAACUUAAAUAAGAGCAAGAAGGACAAAGAAAUCCUCGCGGAAUACGAGAGCCAAGUCAAAGAUGUGCGGACCCAGCUGGUGGAGCAGCAGCGCUGUCUGGAGCAGCAGACGGAGAUGCGAGUCCAGCUGCUGCAGGACCUGCAGGACUUCUUCAGGAAGAAAUCCGAGAUCGAGACGGAAUAUUCCAGAAACCUGGAGAAGCUGGCCGAGCGCUUCAUGGCCAAAACCCGCAGCACCAAGGACCACCAGCAGUACAAAAAGGACCAGAACCUGCUCUCCCCAGUCAACUGCUGGUACUUAUUAUUAAACCAGGUGAGGAGGGAGAGUAAGGACCACGCCACCCUCAGCGACCUCUACCUGAACAACGUCAUCACCCGCCUCACCCACAUUAGCGAAGACUCCGCUCGGCUGCUGAAGAGGAGUAAAGAAAUCAUCUUCCAGCUUCAGGAGGAUCUUGUGAAGCUUUUGAAUGAACUUUACACGGUGAUGAAGACCUACCACAUGUACCACGCCGAAAUGAUCAGCGCCGAGGCCAAGCUGCGGGAGGCGGAGCGUCAGGAGGGACGCGUGAAGGGCGUGUCGGGGACGGGCGGAGGCGGCGAGCCGGUGUUCGGCCUGCGAAUCGAGGAGCGCCACCAGAGACGCAACGCCGCCCGCAAGAUGGAGAAGAUGAGAGAGAAGAGAAAAGCAAAAUACUCAGAGAACAAACUGAAGACUCUGAAGGCCAGAAACGAGUAUCUCCUGACUCUGGAGGCCACAAAUGCUUCAGUAUUCAAAUACUACAUCCACGAUCUGCCCGACAUUAUUGACUGCUGUGACUUAGGGUACCACUCCAGUCUGAGCAGGGCUCUGAGGACCUACCUAUCAGCCGAGCUGAGCCUUGAAGCCUCCAGGAGGGCGGGUCUGGAGGUGCUGGAGGGCGCCGUGGAGAAUCUGGACCCGGCCCGGGACCGGCAGCGUCUGCUGGGGCUCUACCCCACCACGUUCUGCCCGCCACAGCGCUUCAGUUUCCAGUCCCACAUGGGCGACUCGGUGACCCAGAUUGCGUCCCAGCCUCAGGUCCAGGCUGAGCUCACCCUCCGCCUCACUCAGCUCCAGACCCGCCUGACAUCCCUGAAGAUCGAAAACGAGGAGGUGAAGAAGACUUGGGGGGCGACCCUCGCCACCCUUCAGGACAUGACGGUACUGGACGACUGCGACGUCUCCCAGAGCUUCACCCACAGCCCGUCCUCCGAGUCCGUCAAGUCCAGCGUGUCGGACGGCUACCUGAACAAACCGAGUCUGGCCAAGAGGCGGGCCAACCAGCAGGAGACGGAGCUCUUCUACUUCAAUAAGUUUCGCGAGUAUCUGGAGGGAAGUAAUCUCAUCUCCAAACUGCAGGCCAAACACGACACCUUAAAGAAGGCCUUAGCGGAGGGUUAUAAAUCUGAACUGCUAACUACGAGUCGUGGGCGGAAGAACUCCCAUAGCAAGCACCAGGACUCAACCAAAGCCAUACCGCUGCUUGUGGAGAGCUGCAUCCGCUACAUCAACUUACACGGUCUUCAGCAUCAGGGAAUUUUCCGGGUGUCAGGGUCACAGGUGGAGGUCAACGACAUUAAGAACUCGUUUGAACGAGGUAACGACCCGCUGAUUGAUGAGGAGAGUAACCACGAUAUCAACUCGGUGGCUGGCGUGUUGAAGCUCUACUUCAGGGGUUUGGAGAACCCUCUGUUUCCCAAGGACAGAUUUAACGACCUCAUGUCCUGCAUCAGAAUAGAGAACCUUUACGAACGCGCUCAGUGCAUCCGGAAGAUCCUCCUGGGCGUCCCCAGAGCGACACUGGUGGUGAUGCGGUACCUGUUCGCCUUCCUCAACCAUCUCUCCCAGUACAGCGAUGAGAACAUGAUGGAUGCCGGAAACCUGGCCAUCGUCUUUGGCCCCACCCUCCUGCCCACGCCGGACACGCUGGACCAGGUGGCCUGCCAGGCGCACGUGAACGAGGUCAUCAAAACGGUCAUCCUGCACCACGACAACAUCUUCCCGCACACCAAGGAGCUGCCCGGACCCGUUUAUGAGAAAUGCAUGACGGGAGACCAGUACUGCGAGAGUCCGUUCAGCGAGCCCGGAGCGCUGGAGGAAGCCGAACCCGACGCCGGCACAGAGACCCAGACCAGCGACGAGGAGGGCGAGGCGGUGGAGGCGGUGGCCCGCUUCGACUACGUGGGCCGCUCGGGCCGGGAGCUCUCCUUUAAGAAGGGAGCGUCCCUGCAGCUCUUCCAGCGCGCGUCACAUGACUGGUGGGAGGGCCGACACAACGGCAGCCGCGGCCUGGUGCCUCAUCAGUACAUCGUGGUGAAGGACAGGCGAGUGCACAGCCCCAGAUGGACCGACUCCAUGUCCGACACGCUCAGUCAGAAGGCUGACAGUGAUGGAGGGAGCAGCAGCACUGAGGACAAGCGGUCCCGGAGCGAGCUGAGCUCGCCCACCGACAUCCGACCGCCGGACAACUACAACAGUCACCGAAGGAAGCGAACUGACGGUCUGUUCCGCCGCCCUCUCUGCCGCUCCAACGAUAACCACGGCAACGGGGGGGUGAUGGAGCGGAGCUCCCCCCCAGUGACGGGUCACUUCAGCCCCAGAGACCUGCUGCUGGGCAGGAGUCAGGGCAUGACCCCGCCCCUCGACAGCCCAGAGCGCCGGCGCCGCUCCACCGCCGUGACCAUGACGGUGAGCCGACACGACUCGUUUAGGAAGCCGGAGGACACGCCCAUUCGGCGCUCCUGCAGCGGGCAGCACGGCUUCAGCGACUCUCUCCGAUCAAGAGCGAUGGACCCGGACGCUCUGGCUCAGGACAUCGAGGAGACGGUGACUGUGGCUCUCGGUGAGCUGCGGCAGCUGGAGCGGCAGGGGUGUCGGCCCGCCCCGGACGUGGUUCUGGAUACCCUGGAGCAGGUGAAGAACGGCCCGGUUACCACCUGCUCCUCCGAGUCUCCCAGCCCCCACAGUACUCCCAGCACCCCCGGCACGCCUGGAACCCCCGGCACCCCCGGAACUCCCGGUACCCCCGGGACUCCAGGCACCCCGAGCCCCCUCAGCCCCAUGAGCCCCAUCAGUCCACUCCCCGGACCCCCGCCUGGACCCCCCAGACCCGCCAACCCCUCCCCUGACGCCCUGGGCUCCUUCAAGCCUGUGGCGGCUUCCCGCAUUGGGACUCCGCUGCGCCCCCCUGCACUGAGGCCCAAACCCAUCGUCCCGCCUAAGAGCAGCACCCCACCUCUGCCCCCGCCCGUAGACAAAUCCUGCACCAUGUGAGUCUAACCCGGCCAGCAGAAGGCCAAAUCAGGCCUACCCGGGCCAAAAAUGGGCCAGAAGAGGAGAUCAGGGUACUGGUUCUAAUCAACAUGAGGGUAGAAACGGUAGAGCGACGAAAAGGCUUUUAAUGUAGUAAUAAAAUUUAAUCUAUGACAUGAUAUGAUAUGCCAUGAUAUUUAUGUGUCGUUAGGUUGGUGUGUACUCUCUUGGUGUGUAGGAGUUUACUUUCUCCAUGUAUUCAAGCAUUAUCAAAGGAUAGCUAAAAGAACUGCUGUUGUACAACAACAGGGGGCGGAGCUUCCUGUCCUGUAGGAGAGAGCCGCCAGCUCCAGUAAAUGUAGAUUCAGUGACAUGAAUGUUGGAUGUACUGUCAUGAAGAUAGACUCGCUCUAGCUAAAGGACCUAUCACCGAUUGGCUGCCGUCUCCACUGGGUCGCUGAAGGCAGCGGCGCCGGCGGCCCGGCGACGUUUUUGUGGCUUACGAUGACUUUUCUGUUCUUUUUUUCACUCGGUUCAGCUGCUAAGCUCACUCGGUCCUCAAACGCCUCUUGAGGUCGUCAGUGACAGAGAACUCAUUUGACCAACGUCCAGGUUUUUAAUGAAUGUUUUCAGCUUUUAAUGACUGUUCAGCCAUCUUAUUGAAUGUCUGUGAGCAGACGGCUCACUUUUUAACAGCCUUCUUGUGUUGGACCCAGAACACGGCUUCACACCGGAGGGGGAAGCUCUUUCUGGGACAGUGGCGAUGUAUGAUUUAGUUGCCGUUUGUUUGCGUGAGUGGGUUGGGAGUGAGUGUGCAUCCUGCUUGCCUACCCUUUGUUCUGCUCCGUUGUACGUGCAGAACCACUAAAAUAGUGAUAGACCAUAGAUAAUUCAUGCCUGCCUUGAGUGCCAGAACACGUGAGUGCAAGUUGGGACGACGGUACAAGUGCAAAAAAAGCAUGCCACUUUUAUGUGUGCCAAAAUAAAGGUUUACCUGCUUGUUACACUAGUCACUAGUUAACCUUAAAUCACAAUAAGCUAACAGGGUGGGGCUUUGUGUGUAUACGCCCAAAAAAAAAAAAAGACUUGAACAGCACACUGAAUGUGGCCUCCCACCGGGCUGUGAGACUAAAACUACAUAUGAUGUGCUGAACUGGGCUAUGGAUGAGCUUCUGUGUUCAUGUCUUUAUAUAGUUGUGAGGACCAAAAUGGACGACUGUAGAAUAUAGACGUUUGUAUUGGAAAGAGUCUGGCGAUACGAUGCAUAUCGCGAUAUCCAGCUCACGAUGUAAUAUGUAUCACGAUAUAUCCCAAGACUGAACCUAAACAAUUUUAAACUCUUUUUAUUAAGAGUAUGACUUAAAAAAAGUAUGUUUAAAUAUUAAUCAGGAAUUGAAAUUAACAUUCUUAAAAUAUUUUUUAGAAGUGGAAAGUGGAAAACAAAGGCAACACGCUGAAGGAUGCUCAUAAAUAAUCAAUUCAAUAUUGCCAUGUCGGCAUUCUAAAUCAAUACAAGUAUCCCAAUGUACAGCGAUACAUCGCCAAAUAAGUAUUGCGGUAUAUCGCGAAAUAAGUAUUGCGAUAUAUCCCCAUAUAAGUAUCGCAAUAUAUAACUGAAUAAGUUUUGAGAUGUAUCAGCAAAUAUGUAUUGCGAUACAUCGCGAAAUAAGUAUUGCGAUAUAUCGCGAAAUGAGUAUUGCGAUAUAUCACAGAAUAAGUAUCGAGAUACGUCCCCAAAUAAAUAUUACGAUAUAUCACCAUAUAAGUAUCGCAUUAUAUAACUGAAUAAGUAUCGAGAUAUAUUGCUAAAAAAGUAUCGCGAUAUAUCGCAAAAUAAGUAUUAUGAUAUAUCACUGAAAAAGUAUUGAGAUAUAUCGCCAAAAAAGUACAACCCCCCUCAUAUAUAAUACGGCUAGCAUUGCUCUGUAAUCACAUUAUCAAAUACUAGAGGGCGUUGUGGUGGUUUGGCUGUAGCUGGAGCUAACAUAGCAUGCUAAUUUGGCUAGCAUUACUCGAUUAAAGUAACAUCCCUGAGGUUUUUUUUUUUUUUGUUUUUUUUACUAGCAAUCACUGCAUUAAGUUACUUUAAGUAACUAAAUUUAAAUUCAACAAUUAAAUGUUAAAACAUGUCAAAAUAAAAGUUAGUAUAACUCAUAAUUCUGAGAAUAGUUUGCAGUAGCUUCUCCUAUUGUGAGCUAGCAUCGCCUACUAAUGCUAAUGUAGCCAUAAUUGUAUGGCUAAGUUAACACAAACUGGUUGUUAAUUAGGUUUUCAUACCUAAUAUGGACAUAAUCAUAGUAACAGUGCCAAGUAAAAUAAAAAAAUAAACAUUUUCCAUUGUAUUUCAUUGAAAUGUGUACUAGUUACGCCUAAAAUAAACAAAGUUAUAAAGAUGGGUGGAAUGUAUCAUAGUGAUAAACAAAAACAAACAACUAUAUAAAGGCAUGAUUGUGUGCGUUUUUAUAUCAUGAUGGGGACCAGGACAUCUCAUCGAGACGUGAUGACCUCAAGUCCUCGAGCCCUUUGAACCUUUAAGGGUUAAAUGAAGUGUAAAAAGUGUGGGGUUUGUUUUUACUUUCAUUUGUUAUCAUUUACAUCAAAGGAAAGGUCUUAAGAAUGUCUUUUAAAAAUGUGUGUCCCCAUAGAGAUAUAGAAACCAGCGUGUGUGUGCGUGAACGAAUGUGAAAGUGCCUUUUUUUUUAAUCUUUGUCUUUUUUGGGAAUUCACAUCCGCAUGUCCUGAACGAAGAGCAGCAGCACUCCGAAUGAAAUUAUCAUGAAGUGUUUCGUAGAUUAUGAAUCUUAGCAUUAACCCAUUGUGACAUUGCACUUUGAUGUAUAGGAUUGUGUACUUGGCAUGUAGCAUCAUCACAUGUUGGUGCAUCUUAAAGGAAGGGAGGUUCGUGUUUGAUGAUAACGGAAACGGUUCUUGUCUGUUAGUGUUGCUGUAUUUGAACACCAAGCUUCCGGAAGCUGAGCUCAUAUAGCCAAAUGGAUUGUAUCAAUGUGUUGUAUUUAUAAUAUAAAUAAACUGAAUAAAUUAGCAUUCAAGUCGUUUGUGAAACUA